CCAACUCAAGUCGUCAAGAACGAGAAGACGAAGGUCACGACCAAUUUCUGACUUGAAACUGGUCCAGGGAUGAACUCUAGAGUGAUCAAUAUCAUUUGAAAUUUCAUUGGGUUGAUCAGUGCUGCUCUCCUGCAUUUAGUUCCAUUAUUUACACAACGAAACCAAUGUAACUCCUUUUAUAGUAUUGGGCUCACAGUUUCUUCCUCGUUUCCCAGGGAGGUCAGGAUUUUGCUGAAGUUUAGUUGAAGCCUGAGGUUACGACGUGAAAAGUCUUGCUCACAGAGGCUGAGCAUGGCGUCACGCCAAUCGCAGCUCCUUCAAGCUGAACGAAAGAAGGCCACUUUUGAUGUGGAUGAACUGUCUCAUGUUCUCUAUGGUGGAGAGGAGCAGUUCCAAAGACGUAAAAAGAUCGAAAACAUCAUCUAUGACGACCCCGUACUGUGCCGAGAUGACAUCUGCUUUUUAUCUCGCCCUGAGGAAUACAAGCGCGGUCUUCAGCGUUCCAAGCGUGCCGUGGAGCUGCACCGGGAACUCGGACUCGAGAGGGGCACGUUUGAAUCUCUUAUAUUCUGGCACGCCGUGGACGAUGAAUCCCUGCCCAUUGGCCUUCACUUGUCAAUGUUCAGCCAUGUAAUCAGGAGUCAGGCCACUGAGGAGCAGAUGGCCAAGUGGUUGCCCCUAGUCAAGAACUUCUCCAUCAUUGGCUGCUACGCUCAGACGGAACUCGGGCACGGUUCAUUUGUACGAGGACUAGAAACGCGAGUAGAGUACGACCGGAGUCGCCAGGAGUUCAUCCUGGACACGCCGACUGUGACGUCAAUGAAGUGGUGGCCAGGAGGGUUGGGAAAAACAGCUACCCACGCGCUCGUAGUUGGACGCCUGUUCAUCGACGGCAAGGAGCUCGGUGUGCACAUGUUUCUGGUGCCGCUGCGUGACUUGACCACUCACGUUCCCCUACCCGGCAUUUCGGUUGGUGAUAUCGGACCCAAGCUGGGAUACGAAUCACAGGACAACGGUUUCCUGGGUCUCGAUAAAGUGCGUGUUCCGCGCGAGAACAUGAUGAUGAAGUAUGCAGAGGUGACUCCAGACGGCAAGUAUGUGCCUCGCACCAAGGAGAGCAAGAUGUCCUACGGAACCAUGCUGUUCAUCCGUGCUCACAUGGUCCUUAGUACUGGUAUUCAGUUGUCCAAGGCAGCGACCAUAGCCACUCGCUACAGUGCCGUGCGCGAGCAAGGGCACAUUGAUCCAAAGCAACCCGAGGUAGCCGUGCUAGACUAUGUGUCCCAGCAGCACAGUCUCAUGCCCCUGGUUGCUACAUCACUGGCCUACUUCAUCUGCGGACGCUGGCUAACCAAUAUCUACUUUGGUCACCAGCCGGAGAAUGCUGAAGAACUACAGGAGUUACACGCUAUGAGUGCAUGCUUGAAAGCAACAAGCACGGCUACAAGUUCACUUGGAGUGGAGACCUGUCGGCGACGCUGUGGUGGACACGGCUAUUCCGUUUUCAGUGGAAUACCGUUGAUCUAUAAAUGGGGUACGGCGGGUCAGACAUACGAGGGUGAGAACAUGGUCAUGUGGCUACAGACAGCACGGUUCCUGGUGAAGUGCAUCAAGCGUGUUCAGUACGGCGAGAAGCUAACCGGCAGCUCACAGUACCUGUCUCGCUGGCUACGGGCCGCGCCGAGCACAGCACCAAUCCUGCACAAUGCCGAAGCUCUGUCCAAUCCAGCGGAGCUCCUGAAGGUCUUUGAAUGCGCGGCAGCACGGCUUGUGGCUCUGGCGGGUCAGCAGCUGGAUACAUUCUCACGGCAGGAAGGCCUGAGCAAGGAGCAUGCCUGGAACAGAGCAUCGCCCUGGCUUGUGCGCGCCUCAAAGGCUCAUGCGGAACUUCUCAUCUACCAGCACUUUGCCGAGGUUCUGGACGACGAGAUGAGCUCGGAGCUGCGUGCAGUCCUUCAGUCGUGCGUGCUUCUGUACGGCCUGCAUCGCAUCGAAGAGCAUUCCAUCUUCUUCCUUGAGACUGGAACUCUCAGCACAACUGACAUGCAAGCUGUUCAUGACCACGUGGGCAAGCACCUGCAAAUCCUGCGGCCAAAUGCGGUUAGUCUGGUGGAUGCGUUCUGCCACCAUGACAUGAGCUUGCUGUCAGCACUGGGUGCAAACGAUGGAGACGUGUAUCAGCGUCUGUAUGACAUGGCGCGGAAAGCGCCGUUGAACAAGACACAGGUUGCCGAUGGUAUUCACCAGUAUCUCAAGCCCGUUAUGAAAGCAAAGAUCUGAGCUUAUCAGAGUUAUUUUCCAGUUGAAAAUCAAGUUCAUCGUCGUGAAGGAGGGUGGAAACUGAACCAGUCUGGUUGAUUUCUCUUGCGGAAAGCUUGCUGGCAAGUGCUUUCCCUGCUGUUUUCUGUGUGUUGGUUAGUGCUGUCGGAUCUGUGCCCUUAGCUACCACCCUGGGUGUUUGGAGUCAUGGGCAGAUUCUCUUCUUCUGUUCUGGUUUUCUGCUGCUGCUGCUGCUGCUCUCUCUCUCUCUCUCUCUCUCUCUCUCUCUCUCUCUCUCUCUCUCUCUCUCUCUCUCUCUCUCUCUCUCUCUCUCAUCCCCCAUCUGCCUUGCUGUAUGUGGUACAGUAUUUCCAUGUACAGAGUAGACUGUCCAAUGAUGGUGUCUGUAGGGUAGUACGUUUCACCGAUCUUUGUCGUCAUUUUCUAUUUUACGCAGACACAUAAUGAGAGAUAUUACACUCCCCAAUGCCAGGAUGUACCCACACUCUAGCACUGACCUUGUGUGGAUGCUCCCAAGUUAGCUGACGAUUACCAGCAGAUUAGAGUAUCAAUUGAAUGUUGUCCUUGUCCCGACUUUGCUCACAAUCCGUGUCCCUGAACUCGUACGAGGGAUGCAUUGCGUUAGAGGCCACGUCUAUCUUUUUAUAUUUUAUUUCUACUUUAAAUUAAUAGGUGAAGAUUCGUAGCUUCAUAGGCAAUUUCUCCGCAUUUUACCAAUAUUCUUUCUCAUCUGGACAGUGUUCUGA